UUUUGACGUGGAAAGCUCAAGUGUUGUACAAACUGCUCUCCUGAGUGUUGCCUUUCGAAAUUCAACUAAAGAUCUUAACUUUCUCCCAAGAUCUUAAAUUUCGAACUCUGUAAACAAACAAGGGUCUCUCCUGACUGAUUCAGAUACUUCAUGAUGUUGGUGCAGAGGAGAGUAAUGAGAUGGAAAAGAGUUUGGAAGUCCUUUCAAGCGGUCUCCGACAAUGGUUUCAUCUUCUCCUUCACGCUUCUUCUCGCUCUCAAGCUUGAUCAUCUCCUUUCUCACUCAUGGUGGUUUGUAUUUACACCCUUGUGGUGGUUGUUUCAUGCUGUGAUUUCCUGUGGUAGAUUUUCGUUGCCUGCUUCAUCAAUGCCUCAUAAUCAGGAUUGGACUCCUUAUCAAUAUGUCAUGGCAACGCCGCUGCUUGUUGCUUUUGAGAUCCUGCUCUUUCUACAUCUUGAAGAUAAAUAUGAGGCUGACUUAAAGUUUGUCUUCUUACCCUUGCUUGCCUUUGAGGUAGCGAUUUUGGUAGAUAAUAUAAGAAAGUGUUUGACACUCAUUCCUAGAAAUGAGGAAACUAUGAGUGAAGAACCACUUCUCUACACAUGGGUUUCCAUCUGGAUGGGUUCCUUAAUUGCUACCAUAACCUUCACUCUUGUUAAAUCAAGUGGUGAUGUAGCUGCGUGGGAGUGGUGGGACUUAUCUAUAGACUUUGGAAUAUCAGAGUGCUUUGGCUUUCUUGUCACAAAGUGGUGGAAUCAGUCAAUCCAAGGGGGUUCACAUAUACCUACCUCAUCUUCAAUGGGAGUAAUAUAUCUUGAUCAGGACAGCGACACAGCAUCCCGUCUCCUAGAUAUUGGUGGAUAUGUAAUGAAAAUCCCAUUCAUUACCUUCCAAGUCAUCCUUUUCAUGAGCUUAGAGGGAACACCUGCUUCUCCCAAAAACAUUCCGAUUGUAGUUCUGUUUGUACCUCUUUUUCUGCUACAAGGAGCUAGGGUGCUUUCUGUUACAUAUAUUUCCUUGGCAAAAUCUGUCUUGUGGAUCUAUAGUUUUGUUGGUCCUUAUGGAAGAUAUUUAGCUAGAUCAUCGGCUCGUGUACUCCUGAGAUUCUUUCAACAUUGUAAAAGGUCUGUGAACAAAUCUUUAUUGUUCAUUUAUAGUGUUGCGACAUCAAUUGCUCGAAUAUUCCUGGGAUUCUUUCAGCAUGGUGCAAGAUUACUUGACUGCUGGUCCGCCGAUGAAGGAAGUCAGGAGGAACAAGCUAGGCUCCACACUGGAGAAGCUACUGGUUACAACACAUUCUCACCAGAGGUUGUGAAGAAAAUGCCGAAGUCUGAUCUUGUUAAAGAGGUACGUAGACUACAAGCUGCAUUGAGUGAGCAAACAGAUAUCCGCAAGCAGGAGUACGAAAAGCUUCAAGACGAGAAGAUUCUUUGCAAAGUUUGCAUCCUAGAGCCGAUCGAGGUGGUUCUACUCCCAUGUAAACAUCGCGUCCUCUGCAGCACAUGCUACAAGAAAUGCGAGAUCUGUCCGAUUUGUCGCGCAUUGAUUGCGGAAGGUAUUCAUGUAUACGAUGCGUAGAUCUCAGAUGACUUUUAUCAUGAAGACGAGUAGGUAGGUAUGCAUGUAUUUUUUUUUUAGUGAUGAGAAGCAAGAAUUUAUGAAUAUGGAGUAUGUUACAACUUGCAACGGAGAAUCUGAUUACUUUUGUAGAUAAGAUAUUGUAAUCCAUCUUCGACCUUUUGUUUCU